AUGUCGGCAACUGUUGCUUCAUUAUUUUCUUUGAGCGGAAAGACCGCGAUUGUGACGGGUGGGACGAGGGGUAUCGGUCAGGCAAUGGCUAUUGCCCUUGCUGAAGCUGGUGCGGAUGUUAUACUGAUCCAGAGAGACGAAUCAAACACGUCAACCCGCGACGAAAUUGUCAAUCGAGUUGGUCGAAAAGCUUGGAUUCAUGUGGCCGAGUUGUCGAAACGAGAAGAAGUCAAGAAAAUCAUUCCAGCAGUAACCAGCCAAGGACUGAAGCCCGAGAUUCUCCUCAACUGUGCUGGCAUUCAAAGAAGACACCCUAGUGAGAAGUUUCCUGACGAGGAUUGGGACGAGGUUAUUGAAGUAAACUUGACCUCUGUGUUUACACUGUGCCGUGAAUUCGGAGCCUACCUAUUGGCUCGGGAUGUGUCUGAAUUUCCUUCCGGCCGCCGUGGUUCCAUCAUCAAUGUUGCAUCGCUUCUUUCUUUCCAGGGUGGCAUCACCGUUCCGGCAUAUGCAGCCUCGAAAGGCGGCAUUGCACAAUUAACCAAGGCCCUGUCCAACGAGUGGGCCAGCAAGGGUAUCAAUGUGAACGCCAUCGCUCCUGGGUACAUUGACACGGACAUGAACGUCGCCUUGAUCAAUGACGCCAAUCGGAACGCUGGCAUCAUGGCCAGAAUCCCAGCUGGCCGAUGGGGGAAGCCGGAAGAUUUCAAGGGUGUUAUUGUCUUCUUGGCGAGCCAAGCGAGCAACUAUGUUUCAGGUGAAGUGGUCUGCGUUGACGGAGGUUGGAUGGGCCGAUAA